AUGGAAAUCGAUCCAAUUGAAGCGGAGCGCCAAUUCAAAAUUGACUUCUAUGAGUUCUACGCCCUCCUUGAACGUUGCCUAGUCUGUUUAUUAGGUGUAUGGGGAAUAGUGAUCGAUAGCUCUGCUUCAUUUAAAGAUAUGAAGGAGAAUGAUCCCAGAGUUCCAGUUCCUGCUGCUGCCGCUAGAGAGAGCAUAAUAGGCAACUCCCAUGCAUUUCACGGAUCUGGCCAUCGUUUCCACGCAAACCUCUUGGCUGCGCUAGAUCAUCCUUCGAAUCCUCUCCACGAGUCUUUAGGCAGCGGUGAUACUCGGGACUACAUCGGUGUUGCGAAAGAGUUUCGUAAUAAAUGGAAGGACGUCGAAGUCCGCCCUGAUGAAUCAUUCCAAGGAGAUGACAGAUAUGAAGAAGAGUGGGACAGAAGCAAAGUCAAACGUUACGAGAAAGUUUUGAGGGACUUGAAAUUGGAUGAGCUUCUGGGAACGGUGCUAGGUGCAUUGGAACUGGCGGGAGGAAAGGCAGAAAUCGAAAUCGAGAGGCUUGCCCUUGCCCUUGGAGAUACGGCAAAUGAUAAGAUGAGUAUUUUACGUAUGAAGGAAAGCGAUUCAGACAUGGCCGAUGCACCAUUUGAGCUUGGGUAUGAUCGCAUGGAUUAUGACUCUGAGAUGCAAUUCUGA